AUGGACCUCAACAAGCGGCUGUUCCGCCUCGACAUCGAGAACAAGCAUCAACCCCAAACCCUCAACUUCUCCAUGGUCACGACUCCCCCCGAAGACGAGGAUGACGAUGAGCGCAGCCAUCUGAAGCUCGAUGGCGAGCCCAAUCUCUCCCUGCAGAAUGUUGACUCCCAGUCUACCCCUGCCGAUGGCAAUGGCAACUUGAGCGCGCGGGAACCCCAUCCCGCCCUGAGUCGCAUCUUCCGAUUCACCCCCACCCCAACCGUCGUCCUGGAUCCGUCGUUGAAGGUCUUGGAGGUGUCCGAUUCUCAUGUCGCCUUUUCCGGUCUCCCUAGGGACGUGUUACUUCAUAGCUUCAUCUGUGACGUCUGGCCGCACACCAUCCCGGCCCUGGAUGUGGCCACUCUCUACGGCGCUCUGCGAGCGGCGCUCACGACGCGGGACGUCCAACUGAUUGACCAGAUCUGUCUAGACGAUGCUAGCGCUUACUACAGUCUUCGCAUCACCCCCAUUUUUGAGAACACUGAUCUCUUGUACGUGUUGCUCGAGGCAGUCAAUGUUCCCCCGGCUGUGAAGCCGUCGAUGGCGGACACUCGCCGGUCCUACGUCAAUGACACCUACAAAGUCCUCCUGGAUACCGUCAAGGAUUAUGCCAUCUUCAUGCUGGAUACCUGCGGCAACAUUGUCACCUGGAACUCCGGAGCGGCCAUUCUGAAAGGAUACACCGCCAAGGAAAUCAUCGGCCAGCAUUUUUCCGUCUUUUACAGCCAGGAGGAUCGCAUGGCGGACAAACCAGGGAAGGAGCUUAUAGUCUGUCUCCGCGAAGGCAAAGUCGAGGACGAAGGCUGGCGGUACCGGAAAGAUGGAUCGCGGUUCUGGGCCAACGUACUCAUCACGCCGAUGUUCGAGCUGGGCCGCCACAUCGGCUUCACCAAGGUCACGCGAGAUCUCACGGAGCGCAACGCGGCGGAGGCUCGCAUGAUCGCCGCCUUUGAGGAAUCUUCGAAGCUGAAGACCGACUUUCUGGCUAACAUGAGCCAUGAAAUCCGCACCCCUAUGAACGGCAUGCACCUGGCACUCACCUCCUUGAUGGAGACGGAUUUGAACGAUCGCCAGCGUGAAUAUUCGGCCAUCAUUGAGGAUUCCACUUCGGUUCUACUGCAGGUGAUCAACGACGUCCUCGACUACUCGAAGCUGUCGUCUGGGACUUUCAGCUUACAUCCGGAUGUCUUCAGCGUCGGCAACGUCACCGGCGCUGUGGUGCGCAACUGCAAGGGCUCCCUGAAGCCCGGUGUUGAACUGACCAGUUACAUACCACCCAACUUCCCGACCCAGGUCGAUGGUGACCCUUUACGUUAUCGCCAGGUGCUUCAAAAUCUCGUCGGAAAUGCGGUCAAGUUCACCGAGUCGGGUUACGUCAAGAUAUACACGUCUUGCUCGGAGGACAGCAAUGACCCCAAUGUGUUGUACAUCUUGACCGAAGUGGUCGAUACAGGAGUGGGCGUCCCCGAAGAUGCCAUGAGCUCCUUGUUCACCCCAUUCACGCGGUUCGCUGAUUCUGGAUCGAAGAGAUACCAAGGCACGGGACUUGGGCUGUCGAUCUGCAAGAGCUUGGCGGAACUCAUGGACGGCAAGGUUGGAUAUCGGCCUAAUAGCCCGGGACAGGGUAGUGUCUUCUGGCUGACAGCCAAGAUGCGUCGUGCGAACACAAAUCCGACGGGUAAGACGUGCGGGUCUUCGGUUGAGAACAUCGAUGACACGGUGCAAAAGCUCCACAGCAUCGCGCCUCACAAGCACGUUCUCCUGGUCGAGGAUAAUCUGGUGAACCAGAUGCUAAUGCUCAAGCUUCUCCAAAACAUGGGGUUCGCCCGGGUGGACACGGCGUGGGAUGGGGCGGAGGCAGUCCGACUGGUCAAGCAGCAGCCCUUGUCCUACAACACGAUUCUCAUGGAUAUCGGCCUCCCGGUCCUGGAUGGCCUCGAGGCGACACGACAGAUCCGACAGAUGGGUCUCGACGUCCCCAUUAUUGCGCUCACGGGCAACGUCAUGAAGGAAGACGAGAAGCAGUACCUGGCUUCAGGAAUGAACGACCACAUCGGGAAGCCGAUCCACCAGAAACAGCUCAUGCGACUGCUGUGGAAGUGGAUGGGGACAUGA